AAAACGACGUAGUUUGAUUCUUCUUGAUCUCCACCUUCUCUCUUCCAUGAUUCGUGUACUACUUUCACAGGUUUUUCUUUGUUUUUUCUGCAAACCCUAGCUCGAAUUCUUUUCAUUUUCCCCUUCCUUCGUUGAUUUUGGGUGUUGUUUCAUAUACUUUCCUUCUUGUAGAGAGGCCAGUGUGGGAAGGUUGUCCCUUAUUCUCCUUUCCCUUCAUAGGAAUUGGAUUUGGGAUUCCCUUCCUGCACUUUCUCAACCUGCAGGAGAAUUGUUCGGGAGCUUUGGUUCCUAAUGCAAUUCUGGCUGCUUUUUGGGUUUAGUAUUUGAUCGGUUUUAGGUACUUUUCCAAGAUGGGUAUUGUAAUCUCUGAUCAAAUUUUGGGCACUUUUGUACCAAUUUUGGUUUAUUGGCUAUAUUCUGGGAUUUAUGUUCUUCUUGGCUCAUUUGACAACUACCGUUUGCACUCCAAGAAAGAUGAGCAGGAGAAGAACUUAGUGUCCAAAAGCACUGUGCUUAGAGGCGUUUUCUUUCAACAUACUAUUCAGGCAAUCGUUGCGAUCCUCUUGUUUAAGGUGACUGAAAAUGAAGGGGAGGUUGCUACAGGCCCAAAAUCUUGGCUAACAAUCGUAGUUCAGUUUAUUGUUGCGAUGCUCGUGUUGGACACUUGGCAAUACUUUAUUCAUAGAUACAUGCACCAAAACAAGUUCCUAUACAAGCACGUCCAUUCCCAGCAUCAUCGGUUGGUUGUACCUUAUGCAUUUGGAGCUUUAUACAAUCAUCCGUUGGAGGGUCUUCUCCUUGACACAAUCGGUGGAGCUUUAUCUUUUCUCGUUUCUGGGAUGUCACCUCGAGUUGCCAUCUUUUUCUUUUCCUUUGCCACCAUCAAAACAGUGGAUGACCAUUGUGGAUUAUGGCUUCCCGGAAACCUCUUCCAUGUGUUCUUCCGAAACAAUUCUGCAUAUCAUGAUGUCCAUCACCAGCUAUAUGGCAGUAAGUACAACUUCUCACAGCCAUUUUUUGUUACGUGGGAUAGAAUAUUUGGUACCUAUAGGCCUUACUCAUUAGAGAAGAGAGCAGGGGGCGGUUUCGAAGCUCGACUUAAGGAAGAUUAGUUGUUCCAUAGCUAGCAUAUGUUAAUUAUUUACUUCUCUCUCUGUUAGCCAGCCACUACACUACUAAAUUUGUAUCAUACGCAUAUUCUUGUGUCUUUACACUUUAGUUACUACUAUUUCCUCGAAGUUUUAUAGUUGAAUCCUAUUGUGAUUUUUUCUUCUUUUUUUUUGUAAUGGGUAACCGGUACUUGACCCUUAUACAAUGCCAUGCCAUUCUGAAGUA